UUCAACGUCAACGCCACGUGUCGCGGGCCGUCCUAAUAGGCGACGAACAGAACCCAGAUAGAAAAGUAUCCGGGACUGAAGCUGAAGUACGAUGGUGCGUGCUACGUAUCUUGUUCAAUCGGAAAUACUGACUCGGUCCAUUCUCAUAUGCGCGAAUUGCUGUACUACUGUUGUCCACCAGACUCGAUUCAGAUGCCAUCAAAGAGGCUUCUCGUGCUAUAGUUCACGUUCAAACGUUCAUGCAUCAUGCCUCCAUCUCAUCAGAGAUGGAUGGGGAUUAUGUACUCUGUUCUCGGUUGAUGAAACCACCGCACUGAUAGGAAAAUGAUCAUGAUGUGCUUUAAGUGGGAGUCGAGACAUCCGCAGCAAGACGCGUUUACCCAUCAUUCCCUUCCCACUCGCAUCCUAAAAACGCCAUGGAGUCCAAUACGUUUCCUGACGUAGUUUUCGAGAUUCUCGGGACAUUGAUUUUUACCUCGCUCUUCCACUGGGCGCUCUUUGGCAUCCUCACCGUCCAAAUUUUCCUAUAUCACAAGUCGUUUUCACGAGACAAUCUCUCGAUCAGAGCUAUCUCCCAUUUAAUCUAUAUCAUGGAAGCUUUACAAACAGCUUGGGUGGCUAGGAAACUGUACUUGAUCUGUGGAAGUGGCUUUGGGAACUUACUACUUCUCGAAGCCAACACUGGUAGUAAAGUGGACUGGGGGGAUGAGGCUUUUGUUGUCACAACUGGACUUGUUGGGCUACUAUGUCAAUGCUUUUCAGCUUGGAGAAUAUGGGUCCUAUCCAGGUCAAAGGUCAUGACAGUUUCAGUGGUCAUACUAUCUCUGCUAAGUACGGCAGCGACAAUCACCGGAGGCGCACAUAUAAUAGAAUCAAGUGGAUUCGUAACUUCGGUCCUGGUCUGGGACAUUAACACAAUUUUAUGGGCUGCAAGUUCGGCUCUCUGUGACACCACAAUCACGAUUUUCAUGGGAUUGAUCCUUAAACGAUCGAAAUCGAGGGUGCAACAGGGCACUAGGGCGCUCAUAACCAAGAUCCUGUGGUUGACCGUGACGACGGGAGCAUUGACUACGUUCAUGGCAUUAUCCGCUCUGGUUACUUUCCUGGUUUCGCCGACCCCCCAUUAUCUGUAUAUAAUCGUCAUUCUGAUAGGAAAAGUGGAGGCUAUUAGCUACCUCGCCGUUCUCAUUUCCAGAGUUCGGCCUGGGAGCAGUAGAGACGAUACCCAUGCGCUACACUCUGCCUUUGCCGUAGCGUCCGCUGGAUUUGAGGUGGAAUUGGGUAACUCGGUGUCUGACUCACAGCGCUCCGUACCAGUACACGUUCAACAGCAAGUGGAACUCCCGCUCCCGGUCCUUACAUCGUCAAAGCUCCUGGAGGGAAGUGCCUUUCCGAAGGAUGAUACAAAUACGCAGGCGCUCGAAACUUGAUCAAAAGCCCAACUCAGCGUGUGUUCAUCGGCUCGCUCGCCUUCCUUGUUGUCUGGCGUUGGACCUCUACCGUUCGAGGUUCUACGUGCAAGUGUUAUUUCCGCACUAAAGGGACUAUAUAAUUUUGGUAUUCACAGAAGAUAUGUUUGAAACAGGACAAAGCCACAUAGUAUCGAUAUCUAAAUUAUGUAGUACUACGCGAACGACAAGGUUCUCGAAUCUUUCAUAAAUACUACGACCUUAUGAUUAUUAUCAGUGGUCGAGCACUACUUAAUCGAG